AUGGCUCAGCCAACCCUUUUAACCCUGCCCGUCGAGCUUAUCACCACCAUCUCCCAUAACCUUACCGCUGUAGAUCUCCAGAGCCUGCGGCAGUCUUGUAAGGCGGCGGCCGAGAAAACGUCCGUCUGCUUCCAGGAACGAUUCUUCCGCACACGAUAUGUCAUGCUAGAGCAGCAGAGCCUCCAGAACCUAAUCGACAUUUCAGAGCACUCAACCCUACGGGAAGCCGUUCGCAGCGUCGCGCUUUGUAUCGACCACCUUAUAGACCCCAGAGACUACCGAGGCCGUGCACAGCUCCGUGCACGCGGUGUUAACGACGAGGAUGAUCGCGUAAGGCUCGACGACGGCGAAACAGUGUCUUUAGGUGACGACACCCCGGGGUCAAUCAACAUGGGCUGCUAUCAAGAGGCAUGGGCGGAGUAUAUGGCGUUCAUGACGAAGAAGCUCCACUUCAAGCAUCUGGCCCAAGCCGUGUAUAACCUACCGCAUUGCAGAAAGGUCAGCUUGGAGGACGCCAUCCGGCCCUGGGGCGCUUUCCGGCUGGGUCGUCGGAUCGGCACGCUCCCCAGCCGAUUCGUCACCGACGCCCUGCCCAACAGCGUGCUGCACGCUAUGGUGUGCAUCAGAACACUGUUCGUUGCCGUCGUCAAGAGUCGUCUGCCUAUCGAGGAACUCCAUAUCGAUUUCGGGACCGGCAUGGCAGGCUGCACGGCAGUCUUCCCCCGGAUCCUAUCAUUGCCGAGGGAGCUAGCGCAGGCCGCCCGUACCCAACUUCGCACCGUCACAACACUGCAUAUCGCCAUCAACCCAUACCCCAGGGACAACAAGUUUAAUCCCAUGUACUACAACGGUCUACCUGUCACGGAUCCGUUGCGAAACGAAACGGCCGACUGGACGGAAGACUUCCUCAGGUUUAUAGGCCUCUUUCCCGCCCUUUCUACCCUUAGUCUAUAUUUCUUUCGCCGAGACGAGGGAUACCAGUUCCCACGCCUAUCGCGGGAGCUCUUCGUCCCUCACCUUCAAUCCAUCUCCCUGGAGCUCGUCGACUGUACCAGAAGCGACCUCAUGGCGCUCAUGGAGAGACACAAGGAAACGCUCCGAACCGUCAGGCUCGAAAGCGUCUCUCUCCUUGGAGGCAGCGCGGAUCGUUGGUCUUCCGUCGUCCAAAGCUUCCGGCACGAUUUCUCUGUCCGGAAGCUGAUCCUGGGAUCAUGUUUCGUCGACAGACCAUGGCCUACAACGGACCUCCCUGAGAAGAUGUACGCUAGGACCCCCCAGGAGCUCGAUAUGCUGGUGGCGGAACUCCUGGAGCUCGAGAAGAGCGACGGCAGCACCGAACAAAGCAGCCAAGGCGGUGACUCGACAGAGACAAGCCCAGCAGGGGAAUCUGUGUAG